AAGCACAAACGAUCUUUUCCGUGACGUAUAUCUCGCGCGAAACUCGGUUUGGGAAGCUAAAGUGAAAGUAGGGGAAUUAGAAAUGAGUAAAAAGGAUAACGGUGCGUCACUCAUCCUUGCAUACCUGAAUGAGAAGAACCGACCCUACAGUGCUCAGGAUGUCUUCUGCAAUCUACAAAAGCAGCAUGGACUGGGCAAAACAGCUGUGGUCAAAGCCAUGGAACUGCUGGCCCUGGAGGGCAAGAUAAAAGAGAAAACAUAUGGCAAGCAAAAGAUUUAUUUUGCUGAUCAGUCUCAGUUCAAAGACGUGAAUGAUGUAGACCUAAAGUCGAUGGACUCUCAGAUCUCACAGCUCAGUGCAGAGGUUCAGUCCCUCACCCAGAGCUGCAGACAGCUGGAUGCAGAGCUGAAGGAGCUCAAUAGCUCCCUGACAACAGAGGAAAUGAUGUCAGAGAUCCAAGAGCUGAAGUCAGAGUGUUCAGGGUACAGAGCGCGACUGGAGAAGAUUAAGGCAGCCACAAAUCACGUCACACCAGAAGAGAAAGAGAAGGUUUAUAAGGAGUGGAAUGUUUACGUGAAAGAGUGGAAAAAGAGGAAGAGAUUGGCUUCAGAUAUGAUGAAUGCAAUCCUGGAAGGGUAUCCAAAGAGCAAAAAGCAGUUCCUGGAAGAAGUCGGAGUGGAGACUGAUGAGGACUGUAAGGUGGUUGUUCCAAGUACUUGAAAGAACAAGAAAUCGCUCGUUCAUCCACUUCAUCAAAAAAGCCUGUGCAGUGCUUCACAAAGAAUAUAGAUUAUUCAUCAGAGCGCUCUGAACCUCAGUGCAAUCUUUAUUUAUAGUCUUUCUCUUGAACAAUCAGUACAUCUUUAAUAAAAGUUGAAUGCAAUAACAACUUACACUGUAAUUGAAAGUAUAUUUAUACAAAAAUAGCCGUCAUUUGCAAGACACUGACACUACAGCGCUGAGAGAUGCUUGGG